AUGUGCUCCGAUGCGAUGAAUGUAGUCAAAAAGAACGUCCAGGGUUGUACACACCAGACUAAAGGACCCAACCAUUGGCCUCCAUGUGGCGGACUGGGUUCGUUAUCAACCUUCAUGAUUGCGUGGUCUACCAUAUUAUCCAAUGAAAUAAAGCAACACUCUGUUUCAAAGAAGAUCACCGGCGGAUCAAUGGCAAAUAUUUCCUCCAAUCCCCCCCAAACGCAAACCACAAACCUUCCUCCAAAGAGGGGCCAGAUCAAAGCUCAGAUUUUUGAGAGCUUGAUGGGAACUGUAGUCUCUGUGACCUCAAAGGUAGGGGAAGCACUGAGGAGGUGGGCGAGAGACGGCGGUGGUGGUGGUAGCUCCGCCUCCGCGAGCUCACCACCGAGCGCUUACUGCUCUGAUGGAUGUUCCGAUCACUCCGAAACACCAUAG